GUGAAAUCGUACGAUUCGAAGAAAUUCUCACGGUAGAACCAUAGAGAAAGAAAGAUUUUUAUUUUGUCUAUGAUUUUCUUUCAAUGCAUACUAGAGAAAUCUAAGUGACCGAAAAACGCUAGCAGUUCAGACCCCUAAUUUGGAGAAAGAAGAAUCGGAAGAAAAACCUAAAUUUCAAAUAACCUAAAAAAGUGUGGUAGUCGAACAAAAUAAAAAUAAAUUGGAAAUUAACUUAUAUAAUAAGUAAUGGUUUUUACAAGUGUCGUAAAUUAUGUACGAGCUCGAGGUCCGGAUGAAAUUUGGCGCAAAAGAAGAAUAUUUAAAUUAGCAGCACAUUUCAUUGGCAGAAGAAGGAAUUGCUACAGCAUCGCCCUUAGAAAUGUACACAGAGCCUUAGCUUAUGCCACAAAAGGACGUAAACUGAAGAGAGCAGAUAUGGCGAAUUUGUGGGAAACUAGAGUCAGAGCUGGUUGUGAACAACACAACAUCAGUUACGAAACAUUCAGGGAAGGCCUGGCGAGAACGGACAUCCUAUUGAAUCGAAAGACAUUGGCCGAUUUGGCUUGCUGGGAACCUUAUUCUUUCAAGGCCCUCACGGACAUAGCAAAACGGAGGGCCCUGGACGAUGGUCUGGCUGGAAUUAAAGCCGAUACAUCAAUCGAUAGAAUCAUCACGCGGGGUACAUUGCAUAGAGACAAGUAAUAAUGUGUUUCCCAGUACUAGACUACAUUUAAUUAAAAAUGAUUUGUAUAUUCGUAUAUUAUUAUCAAAUCUUUAGGAAAGCAAUUCAUUUGACGUUAAUCUUUUAUGAUUGUCAUGCAUAAAUGGUACAAAUACACUUUUUGUUAUUUCUAAUAACAUUUAUAAUCAACGCAUUGUUUAUUGUAUAUUUUGCUUUCUCUGCUGUUAAUUGGAUGCUGAGAAUGGUAGUAGCGGCUAUGUUGGAG